AGAAGUGUUUUUUUAUCGUUGGCGAUAAUUUUUAUCAUAAAGAUUGGCCGCAAAAGAGAGUUUUUUGUCUUUAUUCUGGUCGCCGUGGACAGAAGACGCGUGUGCAAAUGGCGGAAUUCUCAGGUAUGUUUAUGACUCAUUCAAACCCCGAUUUAACAUCAAAAUUUCUCUUCAAUUGUCAAGAUUCUUUUGAAAUGAAUGUAGAUAUACCUACAGAUCCUCUUAUACUAAUAAAAACUCAUAUUUGCUAGCAUUUGAGGCCUGAUUUUCGUUUUAAAACUCGAGGUGCGAUAUCUUCGCCRACUGCUGGCGGCAACAAUUUAUGGACUGUUUUUGUGCUUAAAAUGCUUCUCGAAUUUAAUUUAUCUUCGAAUUUAAUGAUUCCAGAYGAAUUGACUGAUAUAUCGAGACUUCCUGAACUUACAUUUGGAGAUGUGGAGGAAUAUGCGCGAAAGGAGUCCGGCUGUUCAAGCACCACGAAGGCCUACAAAUUUUGUGCCGAACCAGGCUAUUUGCAUAACAUUAAAGUGCGCUAUUCGCAAGAGAAAGCUAAACUGAAUUCAAGAUGUUAUCGAUCGAUGAAGAAAAGCAAGCCUCCACACACUCUUGAAGCUGACAUAGAUUUGGCAUCCAAGUCAAUAAAGGGCCGUUGUUCGUGUAGCUGGUGUUGGGGGGUUCUGUCACCAUGUUGUUGGAUUACUGUUUUACAUGGCACAUUGUAAGACACUUGGGUACAAGGCCAUACCAGAUGAGUUGACCUGCACCAGCAUUCCCCAAAGGUGGAGUGUGCCAAGAGAAAGAAAAAUUGCCAACAAGCCUGUACAAGAUCUUAUGGUCAAAAAGCCCAGGCAAGGUGCAGACYAUUCGAAGUUCAUAAAGAGCACCCUUUAUUCGCCAGCAGAAGCUUACCCUAUAAUGCCAAAUGAACAACUAAGUGGACUUGAGCCACAGCCACUGAUGGCAACAAUAGCCUAUGAUAACAAUA